UUGUCUUUGUCUCUCACAAAAAUAAAACCCAAUCUCGUAUAUUAUAUUAGGGUUUGUUUGGUUCUUUCGUUGUUGUUGUUGUUCGUUGGGAACGAUGAUGAUGGAAGGAGCGAGCAACGGAGGGAUGUUGUACCACGAGGUACAAGAGUCGAAGCUCUGCGCUGUGCAUUGCGUCAACACCGUUCUUCAAGGUCCCUUCUUCUCCGAAUUCGACUUGGCUGCACUCGCCUCCGAUCUCGACAUCAAGGAGCGACAGAUGAUGCUCCCCGCUCUCUCCUCCGGCGACUUCCUCUCCGGCGAGUCACACAAUGUCUCCCUCGACGGCGAUUUCAGCAUCCAGGUUUUACAAAAAGCUCUGGAAGUGUGGGAUCUACAAGUUAUUCCCCUUGACUCUCCAGUUGCCGAGCCUGCCCAGAUUGAUCCUGAACUGGAAAAUGCCUUUAUUUGUCAUUUGCAAGACCAUUGGUUUUGUAUCCGUAAAGUGAAUGGGGAGUGGUAUAAUUUUGACAGUCUCUAUGCAGCUCCACAGCACCUUUCCAAGUUUUACCUUUCAGCUUAUCUUGACUCUUUGAAAGGAUUUGGGUGGAGCAUAUUCCUGGUGAGAGGGAAUUUUCCAAGGGAGUUCCCCAUAUCCUCAUCUGAAGCUUCUAAUGGUUUUGGGCAGUGGCUUUCGCCUGAAGAUGCCGAGAGGAUAACUAAAUCUUGCAACUCAGUGCAGGCUCCGCCCCAGAGAAUUAAUGAGAGCCAACAACAUAACGAUCAGUUUCUUUCACAUGGGGAAGCUGAAAUGUUUUCAGACAUGGAAGAUGAGGAUCUAAGGGCUGCAAUAGCAGCUAGUCUGAUGGAUUCGUCCCCAGCUGUGGCCAUUGCUGAAGCCAGUACUCCUCAAAAUGAUAAUCAAAGUAGUGAACAAGUGGCAACCACUGAAGCUACCCCUCCAAAUGAACAACACACCAAGCAAGUGGAACACAUUGAAGCUAGUCUACCUCUCAAUGAUCAAAGCAACAAAAAUGUGGCAGCUGUUGAACCCAUUUCCCUUCUGAAUGAUCAAAACAGCCAAGGAGUGCCAUCUACUGUAUGUGGCAACCCUCAAGAUGAAGAUCUGAAUAAAGAAAAAACCGACUAAGAGGAGUGGCUCCUAUUUUGUUUUUGCUAUUGAGGACAAUAAUCCAUUCCAAUUUUAGUGGUCCGAAACAUACAUCAUUGGCUUAAAGUCAUGAUGCUGUGCAGUAUACACAUUCUCAAUUCGAUUGCGUGAUGUAUAAACUGUAAGGAAAACCCUUCAGCAUUUCCAUCUAAUCAUGAUAGUUACCAAGUUUUGACAAUCUUUUAUAAAACCCUUCGACCUUUCCAUAUGAUUUGUGAUAGU